GCAUCGCAUUGCAAAUCGUAGUUCCCCCGCAACAAACGCCCCUCACACCAAAAACAUGGCGGCCAUAUACAAACCCAGCGAGGCAAUUGCUCUCCUACGACCAACUUUUCUCCUCCCGCGUAUCCAGCCAGUAUCAAUCAGACGACAAUAUAUCGGUCGCACAGCCUUCUUCUCCACCACAUCAAAAGUGCAAGCAACGCAUACGUCGACGCCCAAUCCCCCACCGCAACCACAGCGCAAAUCCAUCACCUUGACCGGCGACACGGGCCAGGUCCGCUGGUCGGACCUGUCGCCCGUAGAAAAAGCCGUGCGCACAACACAGCAAAGCGUGAAUCUAGUCGUUGUCCUUGUCGGCCUCGUAGCAACAGGCGGCGUAGCCUACUUCCUUGUCUCCGACGUCUUCAGCCCCUCGUCCAAAACCGCCUACUUCAACCGUGCCACAACCCGCAUCCGCGAAGACGCCCGCUGCCAGAAACUCCUGGGCCCCGGUCCGCAAAUCGCUGCCCACGGCGAAGUUACCUGGUCCAACUGGGCAAAGAGCCGCUGGAUGUCGAGUACAGAGGAGACGGACAAGUGGGGUACCCAGCAUAUGCGCUUUAGGUUUUAUGUAGAGGGGCCGCUGGGUCAGGGUGUUGUGCAUGUGCAUUUGACGAAGCGGCCGAGUCAGAGCGAGUAUGAGUAUGAGACGUUGGCGGUGGAUGUGAAGGGGCAUCAAAGGAUUGAUUUGGUGGCGGAUGAGAAGGGGAGUGGAGUUGCGCCGAAGAUUUUCGGUGCGAGAUGGUGGUAGAGGGUGGUUUUCAGGAUGCUUGGAAAGUGCGCAUCAAAUUGACGAGAUGGAUAAUGAAGUUUAUGUCGUUGGAUUUCUGAUAGUUCAUGCUUUCCCAGAGCAAAGUAAGCUGUACUAGUAUACAUGGUAACCAAAUUUAUCUCAUCAUCUUCUCCGA